AAUCGUCACUGAGCCCGUUAACAUCCACCCCGAACGAGAAACAAACUCACGACCUGCGAUCCGUAGAAUUGCGACCACCUAAAUCUGAUUAAAUGUCUUAUUUCAGAGCAAAAAAUACAUGUUCCAUUGUGUUUAAUUUAAGACAUAUUAUUUGGAGCGCUCGAGAUAAUCUAAUAAAAGAAAAUAAGUGUGUCUAGUGUGCAUACAACCUCAUAAACCUCCCGCCCGCUUAGUUCAGUAGGUAGAACGUUUGUCUACGGAUCGCGGGAUUGUGAGUUCGAUCCUCGGGCGGGGCGUAUGUUCUCCAUUACGAUUUGAUAAACGACAUUGUGUCUGAAAUCAUUCUUCCUCCACCUCUGAUUCAUGUGGGGAAGUUGGUAGUUGUUUGCGGAGAACAGGUUUGUACUGGUACAGACUCCAGGAACACUGGUUAGGUUAACUACCCGCCGUUACAUGACUGAAAUACUCUUGAAAAACGAGGUUAAAUCCAACACAAACAAAAUGAAACCUCAUAAACCUAUUGUUAGCUAGUUUUGAAAAUACACAUGUAGCUUCAUUGGAUAUGUGCAUUGGGGUUUCUCACAGGAAAAACAUACUUGUAGUCUAAUAUCUAAUAAAUAUGAUGGGGUAUUUUCAUUAGUUUUCAAAAGUAUAAAGCGUUUUGCAAUAGUGGAAAACAUGUAACAAAUUACAUAUAUAAAGUCUGUGCGAGACAAAUUCGCAUCUUCGUACGAUUGUCGCAUUUUUUAAAAGCUCUGUUAUGAAACACUUUUAUUGCGAAUUUGGUACUAGUCUAGCAAAACAAAAACAUAUCGAGCACACAACAGUAUCUUUGUUAUUUGCCGAAUUUUCUAAAUAUGUUUUAAAAGUGAAAAAUAAGGAUUUAGUCAAAUUUUACAUUAUAAAAAAUGACUGUCACAAGGCAGUAUUUCCUUGUUGUGUUAACCAAUCUACGCCCCUUAUACUUGUUUAUCCAUAUUGCUAAAAUAAGCACAUAUGAUUAUUCGUCUUUAACUAAAAAUAGAUUGGUAUUUCCAAAUUUAAAAAUCAAUUUCGAAAUUUGUAUUUUGGGUUAGUUUAAAUCAUGAAACAAGGAUAUUAGCAAGAUGAGUGGCUAUCGAAUAUAUCAACAUGUGUUUCCCUCCUGGGAGGUCUAUCCACGUGUACAUUAUUUUCAGAAACGAUUUAAAGAUCUACUUGAAAGAUUUUUGCGAAUAACAGGAGCACUGCCGGAAAGUUUCAGAGAAAAAAAUGUCGAAAUUGUUCUAGAAAAGAUCAAGUGUGAUUUUGAUGGUGGUCUACAACAUACAGUGAUAGGAAAAGAAGAUAUCGACGACAAAAACUUGGUGAUUUCUGCUGCUGUGGAUACAGAACAACAUAAACAUGGUUCUUCUCCUGAAAUCCAGAAUUUCCAGGAACGCGAUGAUGCAAAGUUGAACGUUGUUGUUUGUCACAUCGAUCCCGAAAGUCUUGGCGAGAAGGCUAUUAAGGAUACCACAGUAGUGAUGGACUUGGCACAUCAGGUUUCUAAUCCACGUUCAAUUUUACUCAAGUGUGACCCAAAACAUAUAUGCCCGGAGGUUGCAAUAACCAAUUUCAAGAAUGAUAUAAUUGCAUAUCGACAACAGAGUUUACAACAAGAAGAUAUACUCAUCGGAUCUACAGCUAGCGAGCUGCAAAAACGAAUAUCAGAUAAACUUGAAGAAAACAUUACUGAUGGGUUUUCGAAGAUCAGUUCAAGUUUACAGCGGUUCGAACCAGACGGCAACGUAUGCAAUGAAAUCACUGGGGAAAUAAUAGAAUCGGAGGAAGUUGGGAAUAAAAUGCGUGAUUUUCUAUUGAACAUUUACAGCUUGAAAGACCUGAUAGGUGUGACAAAUGAGACAAAAGUUAUGAAUAAGACAUUUGUCGACCGCGUUCUUCAUCGCUUAUGUCAUGAGAUCAGAUGUGCAGCAGUUCCUCCAUUAGCAAGGAAAUACAAUCAAAAAGUAUGGAUUUGUAACUCAUUACUGCAUGAAAUAGAGUUUGAGGAAACUUUGGUUAGCUCUGUAUCCAAGAAUACUAAAUACCACUUGAGUAAGAUCGAGAAUGCUCUUGAGUCCCUUUCUCCUGGCAAAAAGACAACCCGCAAGUUUCUUUUCGUCCAGUACUUACUGAGGACGGACAUGAAAAAGACGUUUGAAGAAACCGAAAAGAAAUUUUCGGGUAUGCAGCGAAUUUCUGUGGUUAUGAAAAGGUUGCUUUUUGAGACAAAUGGUUAUUUAAAGCAGACGAAUUUUUAGGACUUGCAGCUGCUGUGCGAAAUGAGACGGUCUUUGCAACAAUCAGUAGCGGUCUGAGACAAGACCUUUUGUCUAUAAAGGGUGUUUAUGGGCUUGGAACAAUAUAUAUGGCAAACUAGAGGUUCAUCUUGACCAAAAUCAAAUGACAGAUGUAGCUGAAAAUUUUGAUCAGACAAGGAGCAAGGACGGAAGCUCAGAACUAACAAAAACAGGUGAAUUACAUGAUAGCUCCAACAACGAAGAAAAGAUAAAAAUGAAAUCGAACGACCAUGAUGAUGAUACCAACAAGAAAAAUGACAGAGAAACAAAAGGGGAAAAACAAAUACAACAAAACACGAGAGGUGAAAUAGCGGAACAGUUAAAGAAACACAAUUUCUAUCAUCCUUACACAGUUAAGUUUGUAAUGAAGAAAUCAGAAGCCAUGAAUGGCUAUUUUGAACCUGGAAAUGGACUGAGUAGUCCAACAAACAGCAAAGAUAAGGAAUGCAAAUGGGGUACGAUAGGCGGAUAUGUUGCGUCUGCAGAUGGGAAGUUGUUUGGCCUUACAUGUUAUCAUGUAAUUGGUGACGAUGGAAAAGUGUACGUGAAUCAUGGGAAAAAGUUACUUGGUACAUACAGAAAGGAUAUCGACACACGAUUUAUUGACAUAGCUGCUGUAGAGGUUAAUGCGUCCAAAGAGUGCAAGAACUAUCUGGAAAGAAAUAUGACACGCGUAUCAAAAGUGCAGUUAUCAUUAGAAAACCCAAAUGAAUUAGUUGGACGAUACGUACACAAAUUUGGAGCCGUUACAGGCGUGACUGAAGGUAUAAUAAUAACUGCAGACUACACUUUUCGUGACAAGGGCGACAAGGACUCUCUCAACUAUGUCGUUGUUAUUGACCCUUUAGCGUCAGGGGAAGAGCCCGAGAUCUCUUUGAAUGUGUUUACACCUUUACAGAGACCUGCCACACAGUCGUCAAUAACCACAAGUCCGAUAUCAGGAACCAUGAGUAAGACGGUCAAAAAAUCGUCAGAAACAGAAAAAUAUACACCCACACAAUCGUCAAGAACCGCAAAAAAGACAGAUACACAAUCGUCAGACAGUACAAGUAAGAAAACCGCACAAUCGUCAGACAAUGCAAGUCUAACAGCCAAACAGCAGUCAGGAACCGAAAGUCAAAUAGACAAGCAGUCGUCAAGAACUCCAAGCCAGACAUUCAGCCAAUGUUUAGGUACUGCAAGCAAGACGGAUGGGCUGUCGCCAGCGUGCCAUAGUGAUAACUUACAAAAAGAUUGCCAUAAAAAACGACCGAGUACACUUACAAUUAACAAUCCAACAGUGUAUGUUAGAGACAUAUAUGGUGAUGUGGAUUCGUUUGAAAGGAACCGUUGUUCAGGAUUAUUUUCCAAAGAGGGAGAUAGUGGUGCCAUAAUUUGUACUCUAGAUCCGUCGAAUGGACUUACAUGUUUAGCAGUAUCAGUGCUGAGUGGAGGAGGUUUAGAGAUAUGCGGCGAUCAAAGUAAAAAGACUGUGUCACUGAUGUUAGGUCAAGGACUACAGCAUAUAAGUACAAAUUGCAGUAUAGAAUUUAUAUAGUGCAUAAUGAAAACGAAUGAGAGCGAGGGAAGGGGUGUGUUUUACGCCGGAAAAAAUAUAACGGAUUCUGAAGACAAUGUUCAAAAUAGCAUUUCUGUUUCAGAGUUUACAGAUGUUAGAAUCAAAUAUGCAUGGCAUUUUAUGGCAUUUUAUUUUGGUCGUUUAUCUGUCUUACCGUUUGGUCAUAUAUAUGCAGGUCAUUUUAUUUAGUUUCAAUAUAAAACGCGGGGUUUAAAUUACAGCAAUUGGCAUAAAAUGUUUGCGAUAUUUUUCAUGAAACAUAGUUUAAAAGGGGGUACUUGGUAGAUACCGUAAGGGUAUUGGCACCGGAUUUAUUGAAAUAGUUGCUGUAGAAGUUAUCGUGUUUCAAGAGUUUCUCCACAGAAAUAGAACAUGCAUAUCAAAAGUACAUUUAUCAGAAACCCAGUUUGAAUAAGAAGGGCGAUACGUCCACAACUUUGGGGCCGCUACUGGAAUGAAUGAAGAUAAAAUAUAAACUGCAGAGUGCACUUUUCGUGACUCCCUUCAUUAUGUCGACAUUUACCUCUUAACGACAGCAGAAGAACCCAAAAGCUGUUUAAAUGCUGAAUUACACCUUAGAAAGAACUAGAAUCUAGAAUUCGUGCAAUUACACAUAAGUAAAAUAGUCGCACUGUCUUCUGACGGGAUAAGUCCGGUGAGAAACCUGAGGACAAAUAGCUACACAGAAAGGACGACAUGCGUGUCAUUUUAUUUUAGUAUGUGGCUCAGACUUAAAAUACAGGUACAUACUGUUGUAACUCUGCAAGAGUACAAACUUUAUUUCCACAAAUCUGCCGGACAGAUAUUGUUUCAUAUGAACAUUAUGCAGGCAAUUUUUCAUUAUAGUUGUGUUAGAAAUAAUACAGUGAUAUCAAAAGCAAAAAGCAUGCUCACGUACAAAAAUUAUUGAAUGUUUUUUUUUCAUUAUUCAUAUUUCUGGCAAUCCUGAUUCAUCAUCCUUAUAUCGAUGGUGUUAUCCUUUGAUUAUUAUGCUCUUAAUCAUAUUUGAGCCCCGCCAUGAGAAAACCAACAUAGUGACUUUGCGACCAGCAUGGAUCCAGACCAGCCUGCGCAUCCGCGCAGUCUGAUCAGUAUCCGUGCUGUUUGGUUUCAAAGCCUAUUUUAAUUAGAGAAACCAUUAGCGAACAGCAUGGAUUCUGACCAGACUGCUCGGAUGCGCAGGCUUGUCUGGGUCCAUGCUGUUUGCAAAGCCACUUUGUUGGUAAUCUCGUGGCGCGGUUCAUUUCUGCUCAUGCAACAAGAAAUUGAUUACUGGUCAUUUUGUAAAGCUGUGAAAAGUUGAAAUAUUUACAUUGUUUAGACUGUACGCACUUUUAAAUCUUUUUGCUAGAUUAACUAUCCUAUGUACAUCCCUGUGUGAAUGUUUGUACCUCAUUAUAUGUUGUCAUUUUUCCAGAAAUAAAUUGUUCUUCCAGUAUC